UAUUGCGAGUGUGCGUCUGUCGUUUCUAAACAAUAGUUGUCGAACAUUUCAUUUACUCGCAAUGUUGAAGUGUGUGGGCUAAGACUGAUUUUUAAACAGAGUAAUAAAUAAAGAGUCAUUGACAAGACCAGUAGAAUAAAUAACGGCAUGUGUUGGAAACAAGUGCACGCUCUGUUGGAUGGACGCGCGUGGUUCGGACUGAGUCAAUGGGCUCAGUUAUAGCACGCAAUAUAUCGGCUGCUGUGACGUGUAAGCUGCACGUAUGAUUUAAUUUGGGUUUCGCAUUGAGAUAAACGUGUUAAUGGCUUCAAUAGAUGAGUUCGUCAAUUCCACAGCAUGGCUUGUCAAGGUGUCGGGGGCGCAGCGCGGGCGCGAGCGACAUGCGGCCCCGCCGGCAGACGCCCAUGGAGGUCGGCUAGCGGCGCGCGCGCAGCACCCGCGCCCGCUCCCCGCGCCCCGCCCCGCCGACGCUAUGGACCUCGCAGACGUGCCUCGACAUCGACCCCUCGCCUUCGAUAAGAUGGAAAGUUUGAUCAAAGAAAUGCAAGAUCCACAUACGGGUGUGCCAGUGAGAAGUCAGAAACUUUUUCUAAGUGUUAUUCCGUCAGCUUUUAUGGGUUACGAUCUUGUCGAAUGGCUAAUGGAACGGUUUAAUCUUGAUGUAUCUAGCAAUGGUGAGUGUUUAGUGGUCAGCACUGGGCCUUGGGUAGGCUAUCGCCGCAGGAUUCCCGUAGAACAUAGCUAUAGUGAGAAGUGCAACCUGUUUCCCCAGGUGUUGAUAUUUGAAGCAAUAAAUUUAGCCAAUCAACUCUGUCAAUAUGGUUACUUCUUUCCUGUCAACGAUUCGAAAAAUCUCCUGCUUAAGGACGAUUCUUCUCUAUAUAGAUUUCAAAGUCCUUAUUACUGGCCGUGGCAGGCGCCGCGCGUGGCGGGAGGGUCCGGCGCGCCUACCCUCGGCCCAGACAAUGUUGAGUACGCCAUCUAUCUCGUGAAGCGGACACUAAGAAACAAGCAGAGGCAUGGCCUGGAAGACUACGAGCAGGAGGCCCUGGCCAACUUGAAGAAGAAUCUCGCCGCUAAAUGGGAUUUCAUCACUAUGCAGGCAGAAGAACAGGUUCGAUUGGCAAAAGAAAGAAAGAAAGGCGACAAGAUCGUAAGCGAUAGUCAAGAGCGAGCCUACUGGCGCGUGGCUCGGCCUCCGCCUGGCGUGCCCGGCGCGCUGGAGCCCUGCCCCGUGCCCUUGCGCAAUCGACAUCCGCGACCCAAGAAGCGCACCAUUCAGCAGCUGACGAGAGAGAUUGAACAUCUAAAAGCGAGCCUGGAUCGCACGCGAGUGAAGACUUCCAUUGCCCUAGAGGCCCUUCUGGCCUACUCGGAGACCUUCGCUCCCUACGAUCCCUGGAUCACUCCACCACAGCCUUCGAACCCCUGGGUCACUGACGAUACCCUCUUCUGGCAGAUUAACAGCCCCAUAGUGGAAGUACCUAGCGACAAGCGUGUGCAACGUUGGGCACUUUCCAUCGAAGAGCUGGUCUCCGACCCCACGGGCCUCCAGGAGUUCACCAGCUUUCUACGUAAGGAGUAUUCUCACGAAAACAUCCGUUUCUGGCUUGCUGUCAUGGACUUGCGGAGAAGCAGCACCAAGCAGAUCCCGAAGAAGCUCGAAGAAAUCUAUGAGGAGUUUCUGAAACCAGGAGCGCCGUGUGAGAUCAACAUCGACGGCGCGACGGCCGAGCGCGUAGCCGAGGGCAUCAAGUCUGGGUCCCGCUACGCUCUGGACCACGCCGCCGAGCACGUGUACAAUCUGCUCCUGAAGAAAGACUGCUACCCCCGCUUCGUGCGAUCUGAUCAUUUCCAGCGAUUGUUGACGGAGGGGAAGAACGUUCUGCAGAAGAAGGCGAAAUUCUUCAAUUUCGGCGGACAAGUAAAAAAGAAGCCGGGAUCGACCAGUGGCAGUGGUGGGAGCGGAGCCGCUCUGUCGCGACGGCGGGGCUCCGACCGCUCGCUGUCGGGCUCCGCGCACGAGCUCGCCGUGUGCGCCGCGCAGCCCCCGCGGACCGCCGAGCCCCCGCCCCACAGCCACUCGCAGUCCAACCUUUGCGAUAUUAUACCCUUCAGGGAUCCUGAUGACGACACGGCCGACGUUUUACCGUGGGAGAGUUCGUCUCGGGAGGGGGUGUACUGCGUCGCAAGCAGACGUCGGCAGGACUCCGCCGCGGACUCCGGCAGCUCAUCGUCUGAUGUCAGCGCGGCCGUUGCCGUCCAGGAGCGAACUCGCCGGCUGCCGCAGCAGAGCACGCUGGAUGGGGGAUUGAGGGGUGCACCACCGCCACUGCGGCGGCUGUCAGCAGUGGAACCGCGGCACUUGGCGCCGCUGGGUUCGCCGCCGCACUCGCCGCGGCCGCCGCGCCCCGCACCCGCUCCUCCGCCCGUCGCGGCUGCUCCACCACCGCACCCCACGCCCACCAUCAGCGUCAGCUCCGCGCCCGACGAUGACUGCGUUGACUCGCCGCCCGGCACCGGAUCGCCCGAUGAGCCGCGCUCCGUGGCGCAGUCAGAUGAGCCCUCUUCGGUGUUCGCCUCCGCGGACGCUACACCGACGGACCCGUGUCGCCCGUCUUUCAAAACUUUCGAGGAUCGGGGCGCAAACGUCGCUGCCCCCGAUCCCGGUUGUGAUGACUCUAGAACUGAACUUUCUAAAGUGCUAGUGAGUGCGCGAUCUGCGACCGAAUCUGAAUCCCACGACAACUCGAGCGCUUCUGGCGCUAUGUCAGACUCGAAGGAAUCUGAACGAACGCAGUCGUCCGACGAGGUCGUUUCUGUUAGAGGUACGCUCUCCCGAGAACCGUCAACGAUGAAGGAAAUCAGUCCGGCCUCAAGUAAAAAUACAAGUUGCAAAAUCGGCGAUCUUCCAGAAGGCGCUCGCGUUAAAGAGUGCGCGUCGGAAUCUGAUAGAACGCUCUCAGAGUCCAAGAGCAUUUCGAGCACAUCAGAUAGCAGCCCGAUGAAGACCUCAAGAUGUGAAGCGUCAAUGGAGACGACGCCGGGUAAGAGCGCCGAGACGGCUGACACGGCGAGCUGCCCCAAGUCAACCGUAUCUAAGAUUCCGAGUGCACCAAGCAUGUCUAGGGAAGGAAGCAUAACGAGUGCACCGAGCGCUACGAGCAUGCCGAGCGCAGCAAGCGUGACAAGCGUGCCGAGUGCAGCGAGCACGACGAGCGUGCCGGCUUCUCUGAGCGCUCAAAGCACGGCUCCAACGCGACCGCCAGUUGCACCGCUCGCAGUUUGCGAGGACAUCGGGGUCGACGACGACAACGUAGACAAAGUGCCUUCGGCGCCCCUGCUAAGGGCCUCGGGAGCAACCGAGGCGGCGUUCCAUUCGGACGCUCCAAAAAUAAUUGCUCAUACAGACGAACUGUCGUCGGUUUCUGAAUCCAAUAUUGUUAAGCGUGAUAAUAAAAGCGGCAUCGGUGAGCGUAAGCAGCGGAACGACAUUUGUCCCUGGGAGGACGAGAAUUCGUGUGAGAGCGACGCUCCAUUUGUUAAAACUUACGCAACGCUCGGUUACUUAUAAUUUUUGUAGAGAAUAUCAACAAUAUUUUAUGAAGUCAGGGUUAUAGAAGGAAAUAAUAUUUAAUUUUUUAAAGUUAGAUCCUAUGUUUUAAUUAUCACAGAGUUAGGCCAUUAUUAUGUAAUUAUAUGAA